UUCUCACAGCUAUUAUCAUCAUAAGUCAUAACACACACACACAUACAAUAGAAAAACAAAUUAUUUCUUUCUUUCAAAUUUGUUCUUCUUCAUACAUCAAAGCGAAGAAAUGGAGGCAAAGAAGAUGAUGGUUGUUUUCAUGAUCGUUGCUGUGGCUUUCUCAGCCGUCGGACAAGCGGCGGCUGCCACAGUGGAAGCUCCAGCUCCAAGCCCAACAUCUGAUGCUGCUAUGUUCGUACCAGCAUUGUUUGCUUCUGUUGUUGCUUUGGCAUCUGGUCUUCUCUUUUGAGCCAAAAACAAACAUUUAUCAUUCUUUUUCCCCUCUAUUAAUUUUAUUGUUUUUUCUAAUGAUUUUGUGUGUGGUUUGAUUCUAUAGAGUGUUGUAUUAUUCUUAAUGCAACCAUCCGUUUCUAUAUGUGUUUCUAUGUAUCAUCAUCAUUUUUCAUUGUUUA